ACAGAGGAGAACGUGGAAACAGGAUGGAGACCACGGAGAACCCAGCAGGAGAACAUAGUGCCAGACUGGACAUGACCGAGGACCAAACAUCUACUGCCAAAAGUGACAACAGGAUGGGGUACCAAACAGCAGCAGACACCACAUUACAGAACAUCCUGAAAGGAAAGGUGUUAUCUGGACCUCAGAUAAAAUCACUGAAGUCCAACAUGAUCCGAGUGUUUAUCUGCUCUGCAUUCACAGAUAUGAGCAGCGAGAGGAAAGUUCUGCUGGAGAAAGCUUACCCAGAAGUCCUUGCUUUCUGCCGCGGUCUGGGGCUGGUGUUUGAGGUGGUGGAUUUGCGAUGGGGCCUCCGCGGUGUCCCGGCAGGAGACCAUGAGGCCUGUGAGCUGUUUCUGCAGGAGAUCGAGAUCUGUCAGAGGAUUUCAGCCGGUCCUGCUUUCAUUGCGCUGCUGGGGAACCGGUACGGUCAUCGAGCUCUUCCUCGGCUCAUCCCACAGAAACACUUUGAGGUGUUUUUGUCCAAACUGUCCAAAAACUCUGAAGGCAUCAACCUGCUCCAGCGGUGGUACUUGUUGGACAACAACGCCAUCCCGCCCACUUAUGUCCUUCAGCCAGUCACGACCCACUUUCCCCACUACAGUGACCUUCGACCUGAGAAGAAGCCGCAGCGUGACGGUGACAAUCUGUCGUGGCGGUCCGUAGAGACACAGCUGUUGAAGCUACUCCGCAACGCUGCUGCACACGCCGAAACAGAUGGUGACAUCACAGCUGAGCAGAAACAGCAUUUCUACAAAUCAGUCACGGAGCGUGAAAUCGAGCAGGGCGUGUGGAAGGUUGACGGCGAACAGUCUGCGCUGCUCUUCAUCCGAGAAACCUCCCGCCAGAAGGUGAGGGAGGGGCCUAAACGUUUUGCCAAGUACAUGGAUGUGGCUGUUGAUGGCCUGUUGGAUGGCGAGGCCCGGGAGCUCCUCAGCAGCCUGAAGUCACGCUUGAACGCCACCUCGCAGAACAUCCUCAACCUUCACGCCGUGGAGCUCAGCAAGGGCGUCAUCGACCUGAAACGCAGGGAGCACGUUCAGUACCUGGACAGCGUCUGCGAGCAGUUUGUGGCACAGAUGCAAACCAGAAUCACUGCAGCGCUGGAGUCAGCGGCGCAUGGGUGCCCGAAGAAGAACGGCACUGCCACAGUAGAAGGUGCUGUUUCAGAGCAGGCGACGGAGGAGGUCAAGCGCCACAUUGCUCUGAGCGCCAAGCUCAGCGCAGGAAUCCAGGGGAGACAAGGAAUUCUGGGUAAACUCUGUCUUGCCAUGUGGGAAUCCACUAAAGUCCACCAUCCCCCGCUGGUGGUCCACGGCGCCUCUGGGGCGGGAAAGACGUCUCUGUUGUGCAAACUGGCACAGGAAAUGCAUGGCAUCCUGGAGGCCAGGGCGCUGGUGGUGAUCAGGCUCCUGUCUGCGAGUUAUCCUCGCUGCCCUGAUAUCGACUGCAUCCUUCUCAGCAUCUGCUUCCAGAUCUCCUCAGCUUCUGGUUUGGCUCCGCCUUCUCCACUCAUCACCAACAGCCAUCAGGAGCUUGUCCAGUUUUUCCAGAAUCUUCUGGCGGAUGUCUCCCAGCAGAGCAACAUGUUGCUCAUCAUCCUUGACUCGCUGGAUUGUCUGUCUGACAGACACCACGCCCACAAGCUCAGGUGGCUGCCCGUUGCCAUGCCGCCAAACGUCCACAUGGUGGUUUCCAUGGACACCAGCAGUGAGAUGUUGGUGGCCAUGCGGCUGAAGUUGGACGGCGUGGAUUCCUUCUUUGAGGUGGGACGCUUGUCGCGUGAUGAGGGCCAGCAGAUGGUGGACUCAUACCUGCAGGCUGUGCAGCGCACUCUAACCCCUGAGCAGAGUGGCGCCGUGCUGCAGCGCUUCGAGCACAGCGGCUGUCCGCUUCACCUCAAACUCAUGCUGUCCACCGCCAAACGCUGGGCGUCCUUCACCCCUCUGACAGAGCUGUGGCUUGGUGACAGCGCUCAGGAAGUGAUGUCACUGCUCUUAGAGAAGCUGGAGGAGAAGCACGGGAAGGAGGUGGUGGGCGGAGCUUUAGGAUACAUCACUUUGACGAGGGAGGGAUUGCUGGAGGCGGAACUACGUGAUGUCAUGUCACUGGAUGAUGAUGUCAUCAGGGAGAUAUACACGUACGCCUUCCCGCCCACACCCUCCUUGAUACGGCUGCCUCCGCUGCUCUGGUCUCGUCUGCGACGCGACCUGGAGGACCAUCUGGAGGAGCGCUGGGUGGGCGGAGCCGUCGCCAUCGUCUUUCAGAAUCGGCAUUUCUCUAAGGCAGUAGCGACUCGGUAUCUGACAUCAGAGCGGCGUGGGCGGUACCGGAGGAACCUGGCUGAGUACUUUCUGGGUCGCUGGUCUGGGAAGCUGAAGCCGGUCGCUCUGCCGGGUCUCUCGCUCCUUGUCUCUGACAGAAAGGUCCCACCCCAGCCACUGUGGUUUGCUCCAGGAUUGGCUAAUGUGAGGAAGCUGCAGGAGCUGCCCUAUCACCUGCUGCACGCUGGCCUGUGGGAGGAGCUACGUCAGGAAGUCAUCGGCAGUGCAGAGUGGCUGUUCUGUAAGAGCCGCGUGCACGGCGUGUCCAGUGUAAUCCAGGACCUGGACCUGUGCUCCCAGUACAUGAACUGCACUGAGACCGGGUUAGUCCGAGAUGCUCUGGUGCUGCUCAAACCCAGCCUGGACUUCCUGGACGGAGACGUGGAAAUGUUGCUCUUCUGCACAGAGUUGCUGGCCAGGCUCUCCCACUUAGCCACGCCCUUCCCCUCUGUGAUUGGCCGGCUCUGUAGCCACUGUGAGGACUGGUUACUCGCGCACACUGAGCCAAUCCUGAUCCCCAAAUGCAGUUUCCUGCAGCAGCCAGGCGGGGCGCUGCAGCACACACUGAGUGGACUAAACGGAGGUGUUCUCUGUCUGGACAUCAGCACAGAGGCAGAGCUUCUGAUCACAGGGUCAGACGAUGGCGUGGUGGCGGUCUGGAGCCUCGCCGACAUGCAGCUUACACACACUCUGCUGGGACACACCUCUCUGCUCACUGCCUCUCAUUGGCUGCUGAAGGGUCUCUCAGGGGGUGGGAGCCUGCUCCAUGGAAAGCAGCUGUUCUGCAUUCAGGAGGCGGUGCCUGUUGAUGGUAUCACUUCCUCCGUUCACCUGCACCUGACCGAGAGAGGUGCGUCUACGCCUACUCCACCACUCAGGGAGCUCAGAGACCUGUGGUUUGUACAGGUGGUGGUCUGGAGUCUGGACAGAACCGAGCUGCUCCUCAGACACAGCAGCGGUGCUGGGUCUGUGGUUCUGGGAGUUCUGGAUGACCGGGUGGUUUCGGUGUCCGGUUCCGAAGAUGGUGUUGUGGUUCCAAAGACGGCGUCCUCCAUCAGCUGUCAAAUAUACAAUUCAAAAUGUCGAGAAAUAAUGAAAAAUUCAAAACGUGUUCCUGCAGGCAGCGAGAGAACUCUGAGUCUCUUUCAUACGGACAGAAACUCUGUGGACAGAUUCCUUGUCCUCCAUCACCAUGAUGACGUUUUGUCUGCCUGCGUCUCCUCGGACGCCCGGCUCCUCGCCUCCGGAGCCGCCGACCACCUUGUACGAAUCUGGUCGGUGACCACGGGAGCGCUGUUGCACACUCUGUGUGGUUCCGAUGCUCCUGUCUCCUCUGUGGUGCUGUAUGGAGGUUUCGUGGUCUCGGCCUCGACAGCCGCCGCCGGCAUCCAUGUGUGGAGCCUGAAGUACGACACCUGCCACAAACCCACAGGCCACAUCCCUGCAGGCUCCACCCAUGUUGCCAUCUCCAAGGACUGCGACCAGGUGUUCUACGUCCAGCAGCAGAACCAGACAGAGGUCAUCUGCUGGGACAGUGAAUCAGGCUCACCAUCGGACCUCUUCCCUCUGUCUGCUGAGGUGCUGCCUGGACGUGGCUCAGAGCAAACGGCUCUGCUGUGCGGCCUGACGACCGGCACCGUCCUCAUCUACCCGUUAGCGCUGCCCCAGGAGACGCUCUGCAUCCCACCUCCGGAGGACCUGCCCCGCGUCUGCUGCCUGGCCGUCAGCCCGCUGGAGAAGCACAUGGCGGUGGCCUACGAUGACGCCGUGCGUCUGUUUGAGAUCACCUCCAGGGAUAACUUCCCCACGGUGGAGGGGCCUCUGGAGAGGUUCCCCCUGCCCCUCCUCCAGGGCCCACUGUCCUCCAUGGCGCUGCUGGCUGACCGCCGGGUGCUGUACGGGACGAGCUGCGGCGAGGUGACCCUCUGCGACUUCAGCGACGGCAGCAGCUCUACUCUGGAUCCUCACCGCAGCCGAGUCACCUGUGUGACAGCCAGCAGCCGGGGGACGCACGCCUUGGUGGGGUCCGAGGACGCUGUGCAGAGGCUGUGGGCUCUGAGGCCGGUGGCUCUGGACCACACCAUGGAGUACAAGGGGUUUUUCUUCGAGGGCGUCCUCUCCGCCUGCUUCUCUGACUGCGACCAGUUUGUCUUCACGGGAUGUCAGGACAGCACGGUGAAAGUCUGGGGCGUGGCCACAGGAAGCCUCCUGUACGUCCAGUACGUCUACUCCCCCGUGGUUCGAAUGUUGACUGACGGAAACGGGUUCAUGGGGUUGUCACAGCAGGGAUUCAUCAUCAAAGAGGCAUUCCACUGUCCGGAACAUGUCAGUCCAAACUACAACCCUCUCAAGAACAUCAAGGCUCAGUACCGGGUCACAUCCAGAGAAAAGGCACAGGAUUGUGGACAGAUGAUGGUGACAGACCUCCAGGACCUGGCCCAGUUCACCCCGAGCCAGCUGGCACGCUGA